AUGCAAAUCAUAUUCUGGAGCUUUAUAACUAAGGGUCAGUUCAGCAGAGGACUAACACACUCUUCACUCAGCCUGAUGGACGUCCUUUGGAUGAUUGUCCUCACUACUGGUCUGCUUGGCUCACAUUGUGAGGGCGCUAUAUCCUGUAAGAAUGAAAUUGGUGGAGAUGUAGACUGGUUUAUUUUGUACAAGAACAAGUGUGGGGUUGAUUAUGUUUACACUGAUUCAAAAGACCAGAACCUUAAAAAGAAUAACAAGCCUGUCAACAACCAAGCUGGUGUCCUGGCACAUACCCUGAAUCCCUACUUUGAAAAAUCAUCAGAUUCUGCAUUCAUUGCGUACAGUGAUCAACCACCAAAUGGAAAAACUGCAAGUUCCACCUAUGGCCACAGCAAAGGAGUUGUGAUGAUGGAUAAGGAUAAUGUAGUCUGGCUUUUACACAGCACACCAAGAUUCCCCGCAGGAGAUAAAAGCACAAAUUUCUAUCCUGACAGUGGGAAAACAAACGCACAGAUAUUUAUGUGUGUAACACUGAAAUCUACAGAGUCUGCACAAAUAGCUCAGCAUCUUAAAGGUAUCAAUGCUUAUAUAUUUGAUAAGCACAAUCCUGAAAAACUCAGAGAUUCUUCCACCGCACCACAACCGCCCUACCAUGAGGACUUGAAGUCAGCCGGUGGUCAGCAGUUUACACGCUUUGUUAAACAAAUCUCAGGGACCAGGGAUCCUGAAGAAGGAGAUCUUUAUGUCACCAUUGCUGACACACUACGGAGUAAUUUAUACAUCCAGACCUGGCACAGCAAACCUGAAGAUCCUAAUAAACGUCCUAAAAAAUACCAGCUAGUCACCAUCAUGUCAGUAAAAACUGCUGCAGGUAGUUGGGAACAUGGAAGUGAUCAUUCCAAAUGGUGUGUUUCUGACAGUAAAGACUGGAUGUGUGUUGGUGACUCAAACAGAGAACCAUCCCAGUUCGAAAGGCCUGGUGGUGCACUGUGCAUUAAUAGCAAACCUGUGGCAGAUGAAUUUAGGCAAAUUAAAAGUAUUACUGGCAGUAACACUGACAGUAACACUGACUGUGACACAGGCCCCAGUUCCUCUAAAAGAAAACGAGUUGGUAGUCUAAGUUAACUGCAGCAGACAACCGUCUCGCUCUUGAUUUCUAUCUACGUUCACCAGUUUCAUAUUUAUUGUAAAUUCAUUUCAGAUUUUAUCAAAGUGAAGCUGACUUGAAUCUGGUGCUGACAUCGUCACUCUUGUCAGUGUUAUCUAAUGUUUCUGUGAACGAUAUGAAAUUAAAAACAUUUGAUGGAUGUUUCACAGUGUGGUUCUUUCACCCAUAGAAACCAUAAAAGGCUGAAAUAAAUGACUUUGCAUGAA